AUGGUUUCGCAGUGCCCAUUUUUUAGUAAGCGCGAUUUUCUCCUUCGUGGCGACUUGGAAAUCGAUUGGCGACCAUUGUUCGAGUUAUACGUAGAGGUUUCAUACAAAAACCUUGAGGAAGAUGGAAUUUUUCUAAUGCCAGAUGGAUUCCGAGCAGAAUUACAAGCUUACAUAUCCCAUGCAAGAAGGUAUUUUUCUGACGAUGCCCCUCAACAGUUACUGGACGAGUUGCGACCCUUGAUGUGUGUCUGGGAUGAGUCAAUAGUAAGAGCUUGGAGGUUACUUGAGCUUUUCAUGCCAAUGAAUUUACCUCCCGAGAGGCAGUUAACUCAUGGUAGUUCAUUAUGGCUUGAUGAAGCGUGGCAUUGGUUCGUAACCGUUGAGAACAACAAUUUGGUCGAAGGUUCCAUACUCAAGAUGUUUGUUAGGCUUUCUGUCGAAUGCCCUGGAUCUGUUGAUUGGUCAGAUAAGCUCGAUGUCGUCUUCACAAAACUUAUUCGCUCUUUUCGCCUUGGCAAUGUAGUGGGACUCUGCCAACAGUUCAAUCUCGAAGGUGCAUCUGGUUUCAUCACUUAUGUAAUGGGCACGGAAUGCCAUGAUAAGCUGAUGAGUAAGCUAGAAUCUGUAUUCCUUCUUGUUGAAUCUUACUUACAUCCGUCAAAUCACGGUAUGCAUACACAAAAUCUACUGAUAUUCAUGAACAAACUUUCUCUUUGUCUGCUUUCUCGCGUAAAACGGGAGCGGAUGGAGAAGACGUCGAGUAAACAGCGCACAUUUAUAAAG